GAAGGCGCUAGAGUCUGGGUAGAGGACCUGCUAUAUUUUGUGGAAGAGGGUUCUGAUAGACACUAUGUCCUUCAAGAGGGAGGGGGACGACUGGAGCCAGCUCAAUGUGCUCAAGAAGCGGAGAGUUGGGGACUUGCUGGCCAGUUAUAUUCCAGAAGAUGAGGCAUUGAUGCUUCGAGAUGGACGAUUUGCCUGUGCUGUCUGUCCCCACCGACCUGUAUUGGACACAUUGACCAUGUUGACUGCCCACCGUGCAGGGAAGAAGCACUUGGCUAGCCUGAAAGAUUUCUAUGGCAAGAAGCAACAGUGGAAAAGAGAAGAACAGAAUCCAAAACAGCAGGAAGAAUGGAGAACCGAGAAGUCAGGGGACCAGGCUCCUCUGCUGACCCAGACUCGUUUAAUCACCCAAAGUGCCCUACGCAGAGCUCCAAAUUAUAACAGUUGCUGUCGACGGCAGAAGAACAGACCAGAAACUCCUUCGCCCUCAGCUCCCCACCCUUCAUUCAGGCCCCCACAGAUUGAUGAACCCUCAGACAAGAAGGCUGGUACAGCACCUGAGUCUGGGGGUGAUAUAAAGACUAAGGAUUCAGCAGCAGCCCCAACCCCUGUACCCUUGAGUCCUGCCAGACGAAGAGCAUUGGACCAUUAUCUGACUCUGCGCAGCUCUGGUUGGCUCCAGGAUGGAAGAGGUGGAUGGGUAAAAGAUAAGAAUGUAGAAUUUGAUUCUGAUGAAGAGGAACCCCCAGAUCUACCCUUAGAUUGAUACCCUUCUACCUCCCUCUCUAUUUCAUUUAAAUAAAUCAGAGAAGAUGCUAGAAACCUAACUUCUUUCUUCCUCUAA